AGCGCUUCGCGUGAACGGCAUGUGCAGCAUGGCCUUACUUUUGUGCCUCUAUGGUGUAGGGGCCUCUAGUUGGCUCAUUCACGAGUCAUAACUUACGACCAUUUCAAACAUAUAAGGAUCUUUUGCCCUAGCAUUUAGAGCGACGUUAUAGCACUCGAUGGCGGACGGAUGCAGCAUUUCUCUGGCCCUACUCUCGGACUGGACCACGACCCUAAUGCUAGUAUUCGGAGGAUGUUGCAGUAACGCACUGGCUUUAGAACAACUAGUGACAUAUUAUCCACAAGCAGGUUCAUUGAUCACAUUUGCUCAAUUUCUAUGCAUUACACUACGAGGGAUCCCCAAGUUCGUUCAAUUCACGCCAUAUCCGCGACUUAGACCACGACAGAUACCCAUCUGGCCAUAUCUCAUUCAAGUGCUGUUAUUCUACUUCAUUUCCUUACUGAACAAUGCGGCGUUCGCCUACAAGAUACCCAUGUCGGUCCAUAUCAUCUUUAGAAGCGGAGGACUGGUAAUAAGUAUGUUCAUGGGCUGGUUACUGUUAGGCCGCAGGUACAAUUGGACCCAAAUAGCGUCCGUCUUACUCGUCACCGCGGGGGUGGUGCUCACCACAUUAUCGGCUUCCAAACCAAAAUCGGCGAAACCAGACACGUUUUCCGAAACUUCAACGUCAGCCAUAGAGAACUCCAGCGAGAACACAUAUACAUAUACAAGCGGAAUAUUGAUCUUGUUACUUGCUCUCAUUCUUUCUGGACUUCUGGGCAUAAUCCAAGACAAGACCUAUGCUCGGUAUGGAAACCGAGCUCCCGCAAAGGAUUCGAAGGAAUAUUCGGGGAAGAAGAAUGAUCGUCCGGAAACAUGGCAGGAAUCCAUGUUUUAUCUGCAUUUUCUCUCGAUGCCAAUGUUCUACUCUGUUCGACAAGACUUGCUCGAUCAAUUUCAAGCUCUGAACAAUGGCCCUGUCAUGCACCUUGUCCUUCCAUCGUCUUUUCAGUCCAAGACGUUCACCGAUGCAUAUCACUCUAUACCAGCUAUACCCAUCCCAACAAGUUACCUCAUCCUGCUACUCAAUACAGUCACACAGCUGGUCUGUGUCUCCGGGGUACACCGCCUCACUUCACGGGUUUCGUCACUAACUGUGACGUUGGUGCUUGUUAUACGCAAAGCGGUCUCGCUUGUCAUUAGUGUCAUGCUGUUUGGAACGGGAAUGGAGGGAGCUAGAAAAAUCAUGAUGUGGACAGGGGCGGGGUUGGUUUUAGUGGGAACAUUGGGGUAUUCUGUAGCAGGGUCGAAGAACAGAGAUCGAGAGAAAAAGAAAGUGAAUUGACUUUGCUUGGGGCUGAGAAUGUUAGCCAGUAGGCUUCGUACGUUAUCAUUGCAUGAUCGGUAUCAUGCAAAUUGGGCCAUGCUAUGGUCUUCUUGCAGAAAGGAAUUUGUGAAAAUAUCC